AUGGGUCCUGUAAAGAUUCAACCAGGGUUAGAGACCCUUAAAGGCUUCGUGGAGCAAAAUGAGGAGGGUGCUAAUAUGUAUCCGGUUUAUUGUUUUAUGCCGGCGAUGGAUUUGACGCCGCAUGUGGCAUAUUUGAAACUCUCCAAGUUGAAUGACGCUAACAGAGCUCCCUCCUUCCUUUUGGAGAGUGCGACAAGUGACAAUCAGUUGGGUCGCUACUCUUACCUGGGUGCUAAUCCCCGCAAAAUUAUUAAGACAGGACCAACUGAGGGAACUGAGGUAGACCCACUAUCCAUCUUAGAAGAGGAGCUGGCGAGUAUUAAACUGGCAAGUAACGUACCAGGGUUGCCUCCUUUGAGUGGAGGUGCGAUAGGUUACGUGUCCUAUGACUGUGUCAAGUACUUUGAGCCAAAGACCAAACGGCCAUUAAAGGAUGUGUUGCAAUUGCCCGAGUCAGCAUUAAUGAUGUUCGACACCAUUGUGGCCUUCGACCACGUGUAUCAACGCUUCCAAAUCAUGCAUAACAUCAACCUUAACGAUGGCCUCUGCUUAGAAGAGAGCUACGAAGCUGCUAAGAAAGUAAUCUUAGACGUAGUGGCCAUUUUGGAAGGGUCGGAUGAAGGCUGCACCCCCGAACAACCUCCAAUCAAGCGUAACCAAACUUUCACCUCUAACAUCGGUGAGGAAGGUUACAAAGCACACGUCUCAACUUUGAAGAAGCAUAUCAAAUGUGGGGAUAUAAUCCAGGGCGUUCCUUCCCAGAGAGUCGCCAGACCAUCGUCACUUCACCCAUUCAACAUCUACAAGCAUCUUAGAACAGUCAAUCCUUCCCCUUACCUGUUCUACAUCGAUUAUCUAGAUUUCCAAGUUGUCGGAGCAUCUCCUGAAUUGUUAUGUCAAAGUGAUUCCAAGGGUAAGGUCAUCACUCAUCCAAUUGCGGGCACGGUUAAAAGAGGCACCACACCAGAAGAAGACGACAUUUUAGCAGACUCGUUGAGAAACUCCCUAAAGGAUCGCGCAGAGCAUGUUAUGCUGGUCGAUUUGGCCAGAAAUGACAUUAAUCGUGUUUGCAACCCAUUGACUACUAACGUUGACAAGUUGUUAACGGUUCAAAAGUUCUCACAUGUGCAACACCUGGUUUCUCAAGUUUCUGGUACUUUGAGAGCAGACAAGACAAGAUUUGAUGCGUUGAGAUCCAUCUUCCCCGCUGGUACUGUCAGUGGUGCCCCAAAGGUUAAGGCCAUGGAACUGAUCGCCGAAUUAGAGGGCGAGAAGAGAGGUGUGUACGCUGGUGCCGUCGGCCAUUGGUCUUAUGAUGGUAAAACCAUGGACACUUGUAUUGCAUUAAGAACCAUGGUUUGCAAGGAUGGCGUUGCUUAUUUGCAAGCUGGUGGUGGUAUCGUUUUUGACUCGGACGAACAGGAGGAAUACGUUGAAACCUUGAACAAGAUGAAGGCAAAUCACAAUACCAUUUUGGAAGCUGAGGAAAUCUGGGCCUCAAAGGUCGGCAGUGUCUGA